AUGUACGGCGUUCUCGCGCUAGCCGGCAUCGUGGGGAACGUCAUGGUCCUGCUCGCUAUCGUCAUGGACCGCCGCCUGCGAACCACCAACAACCUCUUCAUCUUCAACCUGUGCGUGAGCGACCUGCUGGUGGCGGCGUGUUACGACCCCAUGUCGGCCGUGUCCGUCAUCAAGGCGAGAUGGGUCUCCGGCAGCGUCAUGUGCAGCGUCGCCGCCGCGAUCAACGUCGUCAGCCUGAUGGAGUCCACCAUGGCGGUGGGCCUGAUCGCGCUCAACUGCAACUGCCGCAUCACCAAGCCGCCGGGAGUGUACAGGGAGAACUACAGGUUCAAGCGCUGCCUGGCGAUGGUCGCCGCGUCCUGGCUUCUCGCCGUCGCCAUCGCGGUCCCGCCGUUCAUCGGGUUCGGACAGCUGGGGUACGACCAGUACCUGGGCGCGUGCGACUACAACUUCCACUCCCACCUGACGUUCUACUACUACCUGACGUUCCCCGUCUUCACGGUCAUGGCGACCAACGUGGUGGUGACCGUGUGCUACGUCAACAUCUUCAUCAGCAUCAAGAGGAGCGCGGACAAGACGCGAGGCGACGAGGCCAUGCAGGUAACCAUACAUAGAACUAAGCACAUGUUUGUCAUCUUCUGUGUGUUCGUCGUCACCACCCUCCCGGAGAUAGUCAUGAUCAUACUGGACGUACUGGUCAAACCCAUGCCGCCCGAACUCAACCUCUUCGCGCACAUUCUCCUCCUGAGUAACAGUUCCAUCAACCCCAUCAUUUACACCAUCCGCCAGAGAGAGUUCCGGGUGGCCUACCGGGCCUUCCUGACCUGUACGUCCAUCCGGGCGGUGAAAGAACAGUGCACCGCCUCGCAAUUCGAGAUGAACCCGGACAGAAAAUACAUCUCGGAAGCAGACAAACUCUGCAUCGCCAUAUCCACGUCGAAAAUCGAAGAUGACAACGACAACCUGGCAAGUAUUGAGGGUGAUGACAUUUCAACUCCGGUGUGACUCUUGCAAACAUUUUAUAAGAAUAUUUGCUUCUACGAAGUAAUAUAAUAUAAGGAAUAACUAACUCGCACAACAAUAGUAUCAUCAAACAUUGACCACAUUGUAUAAUAGUAUAAAAGUGCAACUAAGCAAGACUUGUAUAAAGACAAAUACUUGAAGAAACACCAGACGGCCUUUGGAACAUCAAAAGCAUUUCCACAUGAAAUUACUUUGAACAGGUCAUAAAAGCUACCCAUUUGUUGAUAUUCUGUGAUGAUCUUGGUUAUAUGAGGACAAGCACUAAAAGGGUUAGUGCCAGCCAGGGGUGACACAACCUUACUGGCAACAUUACUGGCAACGUGAGAGUCAUCCGGGGCUGACUGCCGAACUAAAUAAUGCAAAAUCCCGUUUGCCAGGGACUGACGAUGAUGAUAAUUGGCUUAAGAACUUGGCGCCGGUAAAAGUUGGAUCCGUUUCAAACAUGAAGCCAUUGUGCCUCCAGGGAACUCUGGGUAAUGGAACCAGCGCAUUAGGAGUCUAGCCGCACUCGCAAAUUACAACGAGGUGAAGUUCCGAUUUCUAUAGAGUGUACUAAAGUAACCUGAAUAUCGGGUCAACGUACUCUCUAUGCAUAGGUUGAAGUAAAAAAUCGUUUCCUUCCUCUGGUCUUAUCUAUUGAAAGGAUCAGCAAACGGAUAUCAGUCAGAAUCUCUCAUUUGAAUUCAACCCAGGGAGUACGUUGACUCGGUAUUCACGGUACGUACACUGUAGAAAUCGGAACUUCGAGUCGUUGAAAUCUGAGCGUUGUUAAACUCUGGGAGUAAUGGAACAUGUGCAUUAGGUGAAGAAGUAAGGCCACAGCUUCGCGUAAUCGGAGAGACGGGUGAUGCCGAUUCUUACCGGAACUGAAAAUCUCCAUCUGAGAUUGCCUUGUCUCAUUUGACAUCUGAAGUGAUGAGGGGUGAACACGUAAUCUCGCCUUGAGUGCCUGGCUGUCUCGUGCUAUCAAAACCACUCAAACGCCCGCAAAUUACCGCAGUAAACCACGAAGGACAAAACUCCGGUGCGCAUCCAAAUCACAUCACGUUUUUCAUAUCUGUAAAGUACGUACACAAGCACUAAAUCAGACCGCACGGAGACCGACCAUAAUGCUUGGGCAUAACAAAAACUGCAGUUUGAUCACGCAUGAGCUUAAAGCGGCUGUUAAUGGUAGAUAAAAUGCAUCACGUAGUGCGCCUUGGGCUAUCGGGCGUUUUAAUGUCGCCAGCUUACAAAACAAAUCGACUAAUAAGUAAAAGUUUAUCCACGUUGCUAAAACAUAGAUUUAACUUUUAUCCAACAAAAAGGGGUUUUCAGCCAACUCGCAUUCCUGGUGUAUUCUGCCUCUGGCGCGUGCAGGUGACCUUUCUAGAAACUGCAAUCUCGAAUCCCACACAUUCACCCAAGAAAGACAGUUUAGGACCUAUAUUACUAGUUUCUUGCUAAACAAUACUUUUUAAGUAUUGAUCUUAUCAAGAAGUUACCGGGAAGCUCCAUUGGCUUUCUGGUAACAUCGAUACUUAAUUUGGUUGAAAGCAACCACAAACUACCUCCUGCGUCUAACUGUCGAUAUCCGUUAGG